UCUCCUUUGCAUAUGUUAACCUCAUACACAAUGAGAGGCAGUAGUAGAAGUAGUUCUGGAUUUGGAUGGAGGAGAAACUUGAGUUUGAACUUCUCCAACACUUAUUACUAUCUCAGCAACUGUAAGUAUGUCAUUUAUUUCCCCUAUUUUAUUAGAUCAGUUCUAAUUUUAUAGAGUCAACCUCACAGUGUUGUUGUCUCAGACUGGAUAGUACACAUAAAUUGCUUUGUAAACUUCAAAUCUGUGUUUUUGUUUUUGUAAGAUUACUUCUUAGGUUCAACCCCAAAGGUAUAAAAAUACUCCUUUGAUUACCAAGUGAGGUAUGAAACAUAGUAAUCUCUGUUCACCAACGGCACUUUACAAUUUUGUGAGCAGCACUAUAUUAUUCUGGAUCCAAAGGGAGGAGAGUUUUCCCAUGGAUAGUGAAGUUUUCCGGGUUCUCCUGUUGCCACAUGGCAUGUUGCAGAUUGCAUACAUUCCCAUAAUAAUACAAGUUCUCAAUGGAGAUAAAAAAAAUUGUCCAAAAGGAUGAUUUAACAAAAGAAAUAAAUGGAAAAAAAUUAUGAGAUUUUAUUGGAAUGGGAAGGCAGCCCACUAAGUUGAUCCUUAUUUCAGCACCCUAAUUAGUCUUCCUGCCUCAAGACAGCCUACUCCAACAAUUCUCCACAUAGCUGCCAAAGUAAUCUUCAUAAAGGACAACCUAACCAUAUCACACUAAAACUCCGCUGACUUAUCUAAAGGGUUUCACAUAAAUUCCUUGUUGUUAAUUUAAGACUUUGGUUCCUUUCUUUCCCAUCUUCUUGGACUUUACUAUCCUCCCUAAACUCUGUACAUAAUCAAGCCUCCCUCUCUUCCUCUUCCUUCUCCUAUAAAUAGUUUUUGUGAGAUUCUCAUUUUUAUGUGGUCAAUCUUGAUCACAUUAUGAUAUUUUUUGUUUUUAUUUGAACAUAUAAAAAUUAAUAUCUUGAUUUUUAGUAGGAUAGAGUUAGGUAGAGAUAGAAACAGGUAAAUUCAGUGUUUUCAUGUAAUGUCUCAACUUUCACAUUUUAAAGUAGACUUUGUACAAUAUCUUGAAAAUUUUAUAACCUUAUAUACUGUUAACUUAGAUUAAUUUUAAUAUAUGUUUCUGUUUUAAACACUCAGGCUUAUAAAGAAAGAAUGCCUUCACUUUGAAAGCUACACAGUUCAUUUAAGAUCUAUUCCUGACUUUGUUACUGUACAUAUUGGUUGGUGGAAGUGAAACAUUAUAUACCACUUGAAGAACAAUCACAGAAGAAUGAAUUCCUUCUUAUCCUAUUUAGCUUAUUUGUUAAAUCAAAGGUCAACUUAUAGUUAUUUGAAUAGAAUUAUGUUAAUUAGUAACUUCUUCACUAAAUUCAUCUUUAGAUACAUUACUGUAUCAUGGAAGUUCUUAAAGGUCAUACUUGCAGAGUUUUUGGUUGUCCCCACUAGGUUGAAAGGGCUUCAAGUAAAGCUCAGUAGUGGACUACUUGUUAUCCAGGGACCAGCCUUGCUAAGUUUGAAGAGACUUAUCACUAAAUUGUCUGCAGCGUGAUGAAUCUUUUGGUCACAGUUCUUAAAGAUUGUUAUAAAGGCCCAUAAUAUGAGUUAGUGAAAUAAGUGCUUAUACCAGUGAAAUCUUGUAUUUUUUAAGUCAUUACUGAGUGAGAUUUUGUCUACAUCCAGUAAAUGAGAAAUAGAGGAGAGAACUUCUAAGUUGUUUUUAGGGUAUGUUAAAAAUACAAUGUAGCACCUUAAUAUACUUGGAUUGAAUUCUAGUUUGUAUUAUAAAGAAGAAAAGCAAUAAUUCAGUUGUGCAAGACUACUUUUGCCUGAUGGCAUAAGUAAUUUUAAGUACUUUGAAAUAGUUUCUAAAACAGGGACAGAACAUUAUUAUAUAGUUAAUUGGAACUAUUUCCAAAAGUAAUCAAUAUCCUAAGAAGAAUGAGAAAUUGUGGGAUCCAUUUGGAUCUAGAAAAAACUUUGUAUGGGAAAUUUUGUCCUCUGCCACCAGAAUUAUAUUUAGACAUGUAGGCAGUCACUUUGGAAAAGGUUUGGGAUUUGACUUGGUCCCAUGUUUUCUUCCAUAAUUAUUUGGAGCAACUUAAAUAACAGAUGGUGAUCAUUGCAGAAAUAAGAUUAUUACAGACAUUUUUACCUCAUUGCCAAUUUAUAGUUUAUUUUAGUUGUAAUUAUCAUGUUAUUUCUCCCAUAUUUACUGUCUUUUCAGGAUUUUAAAUGUUGAACACAUUUAAGAUAUAUGAUAAGAAAAUGUAUAAUACCAAUGCUCUUAAAACUCUGUAAGAACUAGGUUUUAUUUUUACUUUGUCAUGUAUACUUUAAGAGAGAUUUCAGAAUAAACAAAUGCCUUGUUUUCUAUUUUACCCUAGAAAUAAGAUACACUUCAUUUCUGAGUAAAAUUUGGAUGAAAAUUUUGUUUUGUUACUUUUAUAUUGAUCACAGGCUUAAAGUUGAGAGAGAGCUUAGAGGUUAUCUAAUCUACUUCCUCCUUCCCCCUUUACAUAUGAAAAAAUGGAAGUUCUAAGAGGUUUUGACUUGCCCAAAAUAAUACAGUAAGAAAAAGAAACAGUAUUUGAAUCUGGGUCUUUCUGACUACAUUUGGAAAGAGCUAAGUUAAGAUAAGAAUGCUAUGAAAUAUAUGAAUUAUUUUCCUAUAUAUCAGCACAGUCUGCAAAUUAGAGAAACUUCUUUCUUCUCUAGUAAAUUUCCAUUCACAUUUGGAAAUACAGAGUUCUUGUCAAAUCUGUCACCAUUUAGUUGGAGAGAAUAAUACCUGCUCAUGAAAGGUAAAAAAAGUAAAAAGAAAAAAAAAAGAAAAAGAAAAAAACAUUGAGGAAAAAUGGAAUAGAUAUUAAAUACUGAUUUAAAAAGUUAUCAAAUUAUUUUGACCUGAUUAUAAAAAUUUAAUAAUUUUUUUUCUUUUAAAAACUCAAUUUACUGUUGAAAUAAUUUAAAGAAAUACUUUUGGUAUAGUUGAUUCUUCAUCGAAGCAAAUUGAAUGCUGAUUACAUUUUGACAACAAAAUUAGCCUGCAGCUAAUAUAACAAAAGAAAUAUAAGUAAGUUUAAAAAUUAGCCUUCAUUUUUUAUGUUAUUGUAAGUAAUUAGCACGCUACCACUAUUUUUGUAUUAUAUGUCUCCUCAUUGCAGAUAAUCCAGGUAUGUACAGGUAAGGAACCAAAAAAAAAAUUGAUCCUAUGCUAGUAAAAUUUUUAAAAACAGUUCACAAACUAUAAAAUGUUGCUACAAAAUAUUUUCAGUUAUGCAUCAUAGAAAGUUAAAAAAAUUAUAUAAAGAUUUACUAAUUUAUUGUAUGAAAUUCUUAGGAAUAGUUAAAAUCCUAAGUUUCAGUUAUGCAUCCUAAAAAGUAAAAAAAAAAAAACAACAACUUUUAUAUAAAGAUUUAGCAUUUCAUUGUUUAAAAUUAUUAGGAAUACUUAAACUCCCAAAUUUGGAGGAUUUAUAUAUUUUGGUUUGAUAUACAUUCAUGAUUAUUUUCUUCAAUCUGACAUGAUUUUGUAGUUGUUGCUAUUAAUAACUAAUGGUCCUUUUUUUAAAAAAAAAAAUUUGUUUUUGAUAAGGGUGUAAGCCCUUUUGCAGGUUGGCCUGGACAGAAAAGUUCAAAGACAAUGCUUCAUAUUAGUCGGCAUCAGCAUUUGAAACUAAUAACCAAGACAUUUGUUUCUCUUAUGCAUUUUAAAGCAAAUAGACAUCUAAAGUUGGUUCUUCCAAGGACCUUUGCAUUUAGAGAAUUCAGGAAGUCAUGGUUCUCGACUCAUUCUCUUGGAAACAAAAAUAUUAUACUGAUGGGACUUCCUGGUUCUGGGAAAACAACAGUGGGCAAAAUAAUAAGUCAAAAACUAGGUUGUGGUGCUAUAGAUGUGGAUAAUAUCCUUGAAAUAACGUGGAAUAUGACUGUGGCUGAAAAAUUGAAGGAUGUUGGUAAUGAGCAAUUUAUAGAAGAGGAAGGAAAAGUGCUGUUAAAUUUUUCUGCAUCUGGAAUUGUAAUUUCCCUUUCUGGGUCAAAUCCAAUGCAUGAUGCUACCAUGCAGCAUCUGAAGAAAAGUGGAAUAAUUGUAUAUCUGGAUGUACCUAUAACAGAUUUAAUAGAUCGUCUGAGUUUAAUGAAGAUUGAUCGAAUUGUGGGCCAGAACUCUGGAAUGCCUCUGAAAGAAAUACUUCAAUAUAGGAGACAAUUCUAUAAAAAAUGGUAUGAUAUUCGUAUAUUUUGUGAAGAUGGAGCAUCUGUAGAGGUAAUAGCUGAUAAAGCCUUUGAGGAAAUUAAGAGGUAUCAAGAUGUAGACUCAGAAACAUUUGUUUCAACCAGAUAUAAAUCCAAAUACCCUGGAGAAAAAGUUUCCACAAAAUACUUCAGUAAUGCUGUUAUUGAGGGAUUAGCUUCUGAUGGUGGGCUCUUUGUUCCUCAGAAGGAACUUCCAAAAUUAAGUAGUGUAGAAUGGAAAAGCUUAGUAGGAGCAACUUACAUAGAAAGAGCACAGGUAAUAUUGGAGAAAUGUAUACAUCCUGUUCAUAUACCUGCUUUCAGGUUGGGAGAAAUGAUUGAAACUGCUUAUGGAGAAAACUUUGCCUGCUCUAAAAUUGCACCUGUAAGGCACCUUUCAGGCAAUCAGUUCAUUUUGGAAUUAUUUCAUGGACCUACAGGAUCAUUUAAAGAUUUAUCAUUACAACUAAUGCCACAUCUUUUUGCACACUGUAUCCCUCGAACUUGUAAUUAUUUGGUCCUUGUAGCUACUUCUGGGGACACAGGAAGUGCUGUGUUAAACGGUUUUAGUCGUCUUACUCACAGUGAUAAGCAAAGAAUAGCUGCAGUCACAUUCUUUCCUGAAGAUGGAGUAAGUGAUUUUCAGAGAGAACAAAUAAUUGGAAGUCAAAAAGAAAAUGGGUGGGCAGUAGGUGUCAAAUCAGAUUUUGAUUUUUGCCAGACAGCUAUUAAAAAAAUGUUUAAUGAUUCAGAUUUUACUGGAUUUCUUACAGUAGAAUAUGGAACAAUCUUGAGUUCAGCUAAUUCUAUAAACUGGGGCCGACUGCUUCCUCAGGUAAUUUAUCAUGCUUCUGCAUAUCUUGAUCUUGUUAGUCAAGGAUUUAUUUCUUUUGGAAGCCCAGUAGAUGUCUGUGUUCCCACAGGAAACUUUGGAAACAUAUUAGCUGCAGUAUAUGCCAAAAUGAUGGGAAUCCCUAUUCGAAAAUUUAUUUGUGCUUCUAAUCAAAACCAUGUUUUGACUGAUUUUAUAAAAACAGGACACUAUGAUCUAAGGAAAAGGAAACUGGUACAGAGUUUUUCUCCAUCGAUAGAUAUUUUGAAAUCUUCCAACCUGGAAAGACACUUACACUUUAUGACUGAUAGAGAUGGAAAAUUGAUGACAAAAUUAUUUCAUCAGUUAGAAAAUCAGCAACAUUUUCAGUUAGAAAAAAUCCUAGUUGAAAAGCUUCAGCAGGAUUUCAUAGCUGAUUGGUGUUCUGAAGAGAACUGCCUGGCUGCUAUUAAUUCUACAUACCACACAUCAGGGUACAUUUUAGACCCUCACACUGCAGUUGCUAAAGUAGUUGCAGAUAGAAUGCAAGACAAAACUUGCCCAGUGAUCCUAGCUUCUACAGCUCAUUACUCUAAGUUUGCUCCUGUUAUCAUGCAGGCUUUAAGAAUUAAAGAAAUAAAUGAGGCUUCCUCCAGCCAACUUUGUUUAUUAAGUUCAUAUAAUGCUUUGCCUCCACCACAUGAAGCCUUGCUAAAGCGAAUGAAACAACAAGAUCCAAACUAUCAUGUCUGUGCCCCUGAUAUGAAUAUCUUAAAGGGUCAUAUAGAAACACUUAUACAAAAUCAUUUCAUGAAAGUUUUCUAAGCAAAAAUAGAAAGUAUUUGUCAUUGUACCUAAUGUGUGGUUCAAAAAUUUUAUUAUGUAUGAAAUUGCCAUUUUUUCCAGUAACUUUUGCAUAUUUUUUAGAAUUAAAUAUUUAUGGCCUGCAAACACUUUUCAGGAUCUUAACUAAACAGCUCACUGGAAGCAAUACAUAAAUGCAUAGACUUUCGGGCUAUGUUGUGAUGGUCAUCAUAAAUCAAGGCUUUUCUCAUGAAAGAUGACUGGAGGAGUUCGUUGUCCCUGUUAACUGAGCUAAGAUUUCUGGUUUCCAUUAAUGAUUUGGCAACUGGAAUAUCCUAGUGCUGCUGUUGGGUACCACAUCUGUUAGUAUUUAUUGGUAUUCUAGUGACUAGAAAGUUAAUGCACCUCAAAAAAUGCCUAACUUGACCCCAGGGAAUGAUGAACUCAUCCAACAGGAUUAGACCAAUAUUUUUGUCUUGAAGGAAUCAUAUUUGAUUAGAAUGAACUGAAUUGGCAGUCUAAACUGCCUAAGAUUUAAUUAUACAAUGGGUUAGCUCUCCAACUUGCUUUAACAGUGUAGAUCCAUUUGGAUUUUUGGGAUGAUAGACCUUGAAAGCCAAAUAUAUUAUAGGCAUUUUUUAGAUUAUAAUUGAGUGUUACUAAAUGAGAAGCAUUACAAAAUAUUAACAAAGGAAAAGUGAAAUUUCUUGCCCUAAUAUAGGAAAGUGUUUUUCGGAAUUGAUAUUUGAAUAGAUAAUAGCAGUACAAUUUUUACCAUUUUAGAAAAUAGUUCUGUAUUGUUUGAAACCAGAAACUUUGUAUAUCCCAAUAAACAUGUUUAAAAUUUC